AUGGACGCAGCUCCGCCAACGAAUACCCUCAAACAGCCCAAGAAGAGGUUUGUUGGCAAACGUACUGCCGACGCCCAGGCUCAAAAAGACCCCGCUGCGCAGCAGGAUGUCGAAUCCACGAGUGUCCAACGAGCGACUCCCCGACGGACUCCUCGUACUCUGAAUCAAGUUCCGCCUGAGAUCCUAGAGGAUCCCGAUAUCAAAGCCGCCAUCGAACUCCUCCCGCGCAAUUAUUCUUUCGAAAUACCCAAGACGAUCCACCGCAUCCGCAGCUCUGGCGCCAAGCGGGUCGCUCUACAGUUCCCCGAGGGCCUCCUCAUCUUCGCGACGACGAUAUCUGAUAUCCUCACACAAUUCUGUCCUGGGAUUGAAACCCUCAUUAUGGGCGACGUGACCUACGGCGCCUGCUGCAUCGACGACUACACCGCACGCGCUCUAGGCUGCGACCUGCUCGUACACUAUGCGCACAGCUGUCUCAUUCCCGUGGAUGUCACGCAAAUCAAGACCCUCUAUAUUUUCGUUGAUAUCAGCAUCGACACGACGCAUCUCCUCGCGACGCUAGAGCGCAACUUCCCGCGAGGCAAGACCAUCGCCACCGUCGGGACGAUCCAAUUCAACGCAACCCUGCACGGACUCAAACCGGUCCUCGAGCGCGCCGGAUUCAACGUCGUCAUUCCACAGAUCACCCCGUUAUCCAAGGGUGAAAUUCUCGGCUGCACCUCGCCCCAGCUCUCCUCCGAGAUCGACAUCCUCCUCUAUCUCGGUGACGGCCGUUUCCAUCUCGAAUCAGCGAUGAUCCACAACCCCUCCAUCCCAGCGUACCGCUACGACCCAUACUCGCGCACGUUGUCGCGCGAGACCUACGUCCACGACGAGAUGCACACACUACGCCGCGACGCCAUCAACACCGCCAAAUCGGCCCGCAAAUGGGGCAUCAUCCUCGGUGCGCUCGGCCGCCAGGGUAACCCGCACACCAUGGCCAUGAUCGAGAACCAUCUCCGCGCACAGGGGAUCCCCUUUGUGAACCUCCUUCUUAGUGAAAUCUUCCCUGGCAAGCUGGCCGCCAUGGCUGAUGUCGAAUGCUGGGUACAGAUCGCCUGUCCGCGGUUAAGUAUUGAUUGGGGUUACGCGUUCCCGCGCCCGCUGCUGACGCCGUAUGAGGCGCUGAUUGCACUCGGUGUGCGUGAGGAUUGGGAUACCGCUAACCAAGGUAUCUAUCCGAUGGACUUUUAUGCGAAGGACGGGCUGGGCAGGACAAAGCCACAGACUGUUUCAGGGACUGCAUGA